AUGUAUCCUUCCCGUAUCCUGCGGAUGCAGCCUUCUAGGCCCUAUGGUUUUCCUACCCCUAAGGAGAACCAGAGCGCUCACACUAUCUCUCAGCGUCUGAGGACUCUGAAGCGGGUCCCCCCCGAGCUCAUCCCCCUCGGUAUUGUCGCCGUCGGAGCUGCCAUCUACUCCAGCACCCGCAAGCUUAUGACCGAUAAGACCCUGCGUCUUACCCCUAACCGCCCCGAGGACCGUGAGCACUAA